AUGCUCGGAAUAGCCAACAUUUGCAAGGGAUACAAAUCCCUUGUAAUGAAAUGGAAUACCCAACACAAGCCUCCGGCCUCUCUGGAUGAAACGUCCAAGGAGAGAGAUGAUAAUGAUUUUAUAAUUAGUUAUCCAUCAACACCACUAGGUGGUGGUUUGAAUCAUACGCACAGCAUUGAUGAUAGCUUACUCUCGCGUCGAACUUUUUCGAGGAACAAGAGUAGCAGAAGAUGCAAGACCCCCACGCCAAGGUCCUUCUCAAGAAGUAUGAGCAGGAGCACCACCCCAUCAAGCCGUAGGAACCCCUCCGAGUCCGAUAUCCUUGCCUCUAUAACAAGAAAUCUAAGUCGGGAGGCUGAAAUUGCCGCUUCUAUAUCAAGAAAUAUAAGCAGGAAUAUGAGCAGCAAUGCAGGCCGCAAUUUGAGCAGGACUAUGAGCCAGAAUAACGCUGCGACAAGGCGGCACCCUUCUGAGUCUGAUUUACCCUCUCCAUCACCUGCAUCUCCACCGUCCGCCUCUCCAACACCGGCUUCACCUUCACCUGCUGCGUCCCCUUCUACCACUCGAUCGCCUCAUACAAGUAAAACAUGUGAAACAGACCCUACCACACCUCUAUCAAGAACUCCAAGCAGAAGGAGCACCACCCCAAUUGUGUUCUCUCAGACAACUGCUAGAAGAAAACCUCCCCCGGUUGAGAAGACGCUUGAAUUCACACUUGAAGAGUUGUGUCAUGGAUGCGUAAAGAAGAUCAAGAUUACUAGAGAUGUUAUCAAUCAUGUCGGGAUUAUUGUGAAAGAAGAGGAAAUACUAAAAAUAAACGUGCAGCCAGGUUGGAGGAAAGGAACAAGGAUUACAUUCGAAGGGAAAGGGGAUGAGAAACCCGGGUACCUUCCAGCCGAUAUCAUCUUCUUGAUAGAUGAAAAGAGGCAUCAUUUGUUCAAAAGAGCAGGCCGGGACGACUUGGAAAUCGCUGUUGAGAUUCCACUGGCGGAUGCAUUGGGAGGCUGCUCGUUUCCAGCUCCUUUGUUAGGAGGUGAAAAGAUGGAUCUGUCAUUCGACGACAUCAUAUACCAUGGUUAUGAAAAGGUCAUUGAAGGACAAGGAAUGCCAAGGCUUAAAGAACCAACAAAGAGAGGUGACCUCCGCAUUACUUGUCUCGUUAAGUUUCCCAGAAAAUUGAGCAACGAGCAACGAGAAGAAGCUGUUAGAAUUUUACAAGACUGUAACUAUCAGUACAAGCAAUACAACAGUUCUAAAUCCUCCACGAGCUACCAUGUGGAUUUCAUUCAAGGGGAUCCGUAA